GCGUGCGGGGCCGAAGUAGUCAAAGCGGAAGCUCGGGUUUGCCUCAGUGCUCCGCGGCGGGUUUGUUGCGCUCGAAGUUCGCGUGGAGCUGCCGGGACGCGGCACCGCGAGGAGGGUUUCCCCCCCGGCCACGUGUUACGACCAGGGACCCGAGCGGAGGGGACCCUCGCUCUUUCGCUGGCCGCUCUUUGGACCGCCUCUGGUGGCGGCCGGCUGGGAGACGCUCCGCAUGCGCCGCUCGAGGAGGCGAGUGGGUGAAGAGAAGGGCUCCAAAUUCAAACGACGGAGGCAACAGCGAGGAAACCCGGAGGAGUAGCCCGAAGCCGAGCGGACGAGGAGCAGAGCGAGAACCAGAGAGAAGAAAGAAGGCGGCGGUUGGGAGGAAAGGAGACUAAAAACGGGAGGAAAAGGUGGGAAGCCGAGGCGGGUGAGGAUCCCUGGCAUUCCCUAGCGACGAAACGGAACUCUUCUCCGCGCUUUAUUGCUCUCCUGCUGAGGCAUCCCCGUGUCGUUUCCUCUCCUUUCCUCUGGAGCCGAGGCUACCCAUUGUGCACCGCCAUGGUAGAUAGGGGUCCUUUGUUAACGUCGGCGAUUAUUUUCUACCUGUCCAUCGGAGCAGCUAUCUUCGAAGUACUGGAGCAUCCCCAUUUGCAAAAUGCGGCCGAGGGUUACAAGCAGAAAAAGUCAGAGCUCCUGAAAGAGUUUCCCUGUCUGGGCCAGGAGGGGCUAGAUAAGAUCUUGCGGGUGGUCUCAGAAGCUGCUGGGCAAGGAGUUUCAAUCGAUGCUAAUGAUACAUUUAAUUACUGGAACUGGCCUAAUGCUGUCAUCUUUGCUGCUACAGUGAUUACAACCAUUGGUUAUGGAAAUGUUGCUCCAAAAACUUCAGCUGGGCGACUUUUCUGUAUCUUUUAUGGACUUUUUGGUGUUCCACUCUGCUUAACAUGGAUCAGUGCUUUGGGGAAAUUUUUUGGUGGUCGUGCCAAGAGGCUGGGCCAGUUCCUAACAAAGAGAGGAGUAAGCCUGAGAAAGGCACAAAUUACUUGCACAGCUAUCUUCAUCAUUUGGGGCAUUCUAGUCCACUUAGUUCUUCCUCCUUUGGUUUUUAUGGUGACUGAAGAAUGGGAUUACAUUGAAGGCCUCUACUUCUCAUUCAUUACCAUCACCACAAUAGGAUUUGGAGACUAUGUUGCUGGUGUGAAUCCAGAUAUGAAUUACCACUCCCUCUAUAGAUACUUUGUGGAGCUGUGGAUCUACUUAGGUCUUGCUUGGCUUUCACUGUUUGUCAAUUGGAAAGUCAGCAUGUUUGUAGAGGUUCAUAAAGCGAUCAAGAAACGAAGGAAAAAAAGAAAAGAGUCCUUUGAAAAUCACUCUCCCACCAAAAAAGUUCUUAAGAUGUCUAACACAAAAGAUAUCAAAAUAUUCAGUUUCCUUUCCAAAAAGGAAGAAAGUUACAAUGAUCUCAUUAAACAGAUUGGAAAGAAGGCUUUGAAAACAAGCAGUGACAAAAUUCUCAACUCAGAGCAAACCAAGCCAACCUUACAGAAUACCAAUAAAGACCUCAAAGUGAUGUACACAAGGAACAAUAUGUUUGACUAUGACAGUGUUUCUCUUGGACUGCAAAACUAUCACAUGAUGAGGCAUUUGACUGACAAACGUCUUGGGGACAGCCCAGUGGAGGGCAAUGUGUUUGUAAAUCAGCUGGACCGGAUCAGUGAAGAAGAAGGGGAAGCCUGGGAUUCGCGGGAUUAUCGACCUUUGAUUUUCGAAAAUGCCAACAUAACAUUUGUAAAUGAGGAUGAGGAUGAAGAGAACCUUUCAGAUGAUGAAGAAACUUCAAAGUCUUCAGUGGAUGACAAUCUUGCACAGGAGGAGCCUCAAAGCCCCCAGAAACUGAUGAAAUUUUCAUCCUCUGAUGAAUCUACUUUUACCAGUAAUGAGAUGGAAAUAUCAGUGCCUUAUGAACAGCUUAUGAAUGACUAUAACACAUCAGAUACUGCCAAUGCUGCAACGUGAGAAAGGUGGGAGGGAGUUUCUUGAAAUCAUACGAUACAAAAUUUUAAUAGAUGAUGAUCUGAAUCAACAACCAUAAGUGCAGAAGAAGGAAUAUCCUAUGAGAGAUUUUCCACCGCUUCCUUCUGUUAAGCAGACUGAAAACAGGUGUUGCCUGGAUCUUGUCUGUUGAUGAUUUUUUCUCACUGAAAUAAGUGUCCUAAAAUCUUGAAGGUUCUCUAGGGAUUCAGUGGUUUUUGAAUUUAAGAGAGGAAAAGUCUAAACUGAUUGGGCCUGUCUGUUCUUUUUCUUUCUUUCUUUCUUUCUUUCUUU